CACAGCAGGUCUACAUUAUUAUUAUGGUCGUCAGUCUAAAAAUAUAGCGCCCAACGUAAGCAACGAUCGCAUUGCGCAUUGUGCGAUCAUUGCCGGGAUCCACAGAGUGAUGAUGAUACUACACUGAGUUUGCAAAUCACAUCGCGAGUUAGUUACAAGUAAAACCUAGUUAAAAUGCCUCCAAAACGUCCGCCGCCGCUUGUGCCAAAGAAGCCAAAUCCCAGUAUGAACUACGAGGUGUUAAUCUAUCUGAAUAGCUUCUACUUUGGCAUGUUUGCCUGCUGUGAAAUGGCGAUGGGCUUGCUGAAAGCGAUCAAUCUCAGCUACACUGGCCACUCGCUAGCCCAGGACUCGGCCGUCAUGAUAAGUUUUAUUGUGCUAGAAACGUUGCGUUUGAUAAUGGGACGCAAGGGAACGCUGGCCGAGCGAGGUUGGACUGCCAUACUGUCGGUCUUUUUGACCGCCCCCUGCUUUCUGGGCGUGUCGUAUCUGCUGCUCUUGCAGACCUACAAGCUGCGUCUAGAAUAUUGCCUUGGCACGCUGCAGAUCGCGCUCUAUUUGACCGAGGUGUGGUAUGCCAUUGUCUUCGUUUUUUCACUGUGUCGUCCAGUAACUUAUGAUUAGUAACAUACAAGCAAAAACUGCAAGACGAGACAUUUAUACAUUAACUACUUACUUAACUAAAAGAAAAAACCAAAACAGAGAUUAGCAAUAUAAUAAAAUAAAAACUAAAAACUUUAAACAAUUGAAUAAUGAGAAUUGAGAUAUGAAAUGGUCCCCAAAGCCAAAUAUAUAUAGAUAUAUAGUAUAUACAUUAAUAUAUGCAUCUCUACUUGUGUAUAGUAAAUGUAUACUUCUAACGGUUUUAUAUUAAAGAAAUUUGUUAACAUCUAAGCAUCAAUUGGAACCAAUAUAACAAGACAACUACAACAACAACAAGGAGAACAACAACAAAAAUUAUGAACUUGAAUAAUUUUCACAUUUGUAAGACAAUUUUUUUUUGUAUAAAAUGCAUAAAAUUAUAUACAUGUCCAAGUGAAAUCAAAACAAAACACAAAUUAUCUUCAUUCCUUGGACAGAUUAAAAAAUAUUAAUGUAAAAAAGCAAAUAUUAAGCAAAGUAAAGAAAACAAAUAAAACAAUAGUUACAAUUUUAAUGUUCAAACGAAAGCAGUUAAAAAGAAAUAUUUCAUGAAAUUUCAAAAGGCAAUGUGUGUACUUUAAUGAAAUGUACUUUAUAUAAAUCUAGCAUAAAACCAAAUAGAAAAUGUAAGACAAAUAGAACAAACCCGAAAGUAAAACACACUAUUCUUAGACACUAUGUAAAGCAAAUCCAAUGCUAUUUCAAUGCAAUUCAAAUCCAAUGCUAGUCAAAAUGCAACAUUGGGGAUACCAAUUCAGGCUUUCUCUUUCAUUUCAACCUCUAGUCAGAAGGAAAAUCUCAUGCUAUCAUCCUCCUCUCAUCCAAUUAUCAAUUAGGUGUAGUGCAAGCGAACCCAUUAAAACUACAAAGAACUAACCUUAUGUUGACAACUUUAAUUGUAUAAUAUUUAUAUAAAUUUUCUGUUGAAAUGCAAAAUGUUAACAUACAUUUUUAAAAUGCGCUAGUCGAAAGUCGAAUAACCAAAGAAUGUAACACAAUUUAGUUAUAACAAACCAAAAAUAAGAUUUUACGACAAAUUAUAUACACUUGAUGAAAAAUACCAAUUAAAGAACAAA